AUGAAUCUUUUCAAGUAGAAAGUGACUUAUUAUUAUGAUGAAGAGUUUGGCACCUUUAAUUAUUCAACAACUCACCCUAUGAAACCUUUAAGAGUAGCUAUCACAGAUGAUUUAGUUGGUCAUUAUGGAUUAAAAUAAUAUAUGAAUUGUAUUGUAAGAUGUAUUAAUUUAGUCGAUGAGGAUGUAUUGACUUAAUUUCAUUCAGAGGAAUAUAUAAAUUUAAUCAAGAUAAUUACUCCUGAAAAUAAAUGCUAACAUGAAGAUCAACUUUAUAGAUUCAAUUUUAUGGAAGAUUGCCCAGUUUUGGAUAGGUUAUUUGAUUUUUGUUUGUGUCAGACUUCUGGCUCUGUUGGAGCUGCUUGUGUAAUCGCAGAUUAAAAGAGUAAUAUCGCUAUAAAUUGGAGUGGUGGAUUACAUCAUGCAAAAUAAAGUGAAGCAAGUGGAUUUUGCUAUGUUAAUGAUUGUGUAUUAGGAAUAUUAGAGUUAUUGAAAACAUAUUAAAGAGUACUUUACAUUGAUAUUGAUAUUCAUCAUGGAGAUGGAGUAGAGGAAGCAUUUUAUUUAACAGACAGAGUUAUGACUUGUUCAUUUCAUAAAUUUAAGGAAUACUUUCCUGGAACUGGGCAUAUUGAUGAUAUUGGCCAUGACAAAGGAAAGUAUUAUGCAGUUAAUUUCCCCUUAAAUGAAGGCUUAAAUGAUGAUUCCAUUUAAUUAAUAUUCAAACCUGUUAUUGAUAGCAUUAUGGAAAAUUUUAGACCAGAUGUUGUAAUGUUGCAAGGAGGAACUGAUAGUCUCAGUGGAGAUCGGUUGGGUUGUUUUAAUUUAAGCAUCAAAGGCCAUGGUUCUUGCACUGAAUAUCUGAAAAAAUUUAAUGUCCCCAUCAUAAUGGUAGGUGGUGGAGGAUAUACACUGAGAAAUGUUCCACGUUGUUGGACCUAUGAAACUUCCUUAGCCUUAAAUGUACCCAUUCCUGACAAUAUUCCAGAUGAAUCUGAUUAUAAGAUCUACUUUGGUCCAGAAUAUAAAUUGCAUCUGCCUAUAUCUAAUAUGGAAGAGCAGAAUUCAAAGGAAUAUUUAGAGAAAAAUAUAUCUUAGAGAAUUUAAAAUAAAUUCGAGCCAGGUUGUGCAUAAAUUGAUCAUUAUGCUAUUGGUAAGGAGAGUAGAUAAAAGAUUGACUAUUAAGAAUUAUUCUCAUCAUAUAACGAUAAGAGAGAAGAAAUGUAAUUAGAAUAAAACUAAGACUAAUAAGAAUGA